GGGAAGAGAGAAAGAGGAAGAAGGAAAGAGAGGGGGGUUGUGUUGGGAUAGUGUGAAAGUGGCCCCUCCAGGUCCAGCUCUGUCAUGUUCAGCCACAAGAGCAUAAUGAAGGGGAAGACGAAACCCACGGGAAUGGGGACUCCAACUGUAAUGCACCCCCGUCAUAGGACCAGGAACGUCUCAACGCAAGGCAGGUUCAGCUGUCCAGAUAGAGCGCCACAUUCAGGAUAUCGGCUGGCGGAGGAAAGAUGGGGGGAGAAAAAGGGCCCGCUAAACUCAUUAGCGAGUGCUCCCGACCCAGUGAAGAUCAAGCAAACCAGCAAGUAUCCAGUAUCGACGGUAUAAGGCGACCUGGACCGGGUGAGGCUCGAACACUAGACUGGUAAUCUACUUGUCGGAACCAGGAGAUGGCGGACUGAAGAGAGG